GAUUUCGAUCCUCGCCACCCAUUUCUCGAUAAUUUUUGUUGCAUAAAAUUCCUGUGAAAUGCUUCGUAUCAAGUGGGGAUCUCCCGUCUUCCUGUCUCACUUCCUCACUUCCCGUUUUCCCCUAAUGGUUAGGGUUUCUUAGAAGAAGAGGAAGAUGGAGCCGGAAGUGGUGAACGCAGAGCUUGUGUUGCCAACUCACCUCAGUUUCAAGCGAAUUCAAAUGUACGAGAAGUACCCGAAAGGCCAAUCCAGAGGCAGGCACUGGAAACAUCUCAAGCAGAUCCUUCAGGCCGAGAAUUACCAGAAUUACCCUCCUGAUGAACCCAAUUAUGUUAAUAUUGAGACACCACCUUCUAUGCAUCCAUGCAAGAAAAUCUGCGAUAUAACAGGAAAUGAGGCACCUUACUUUGAUCCCAGGACCAAUCUCCGUUAUGCAAAUGCUGAGGUUUUUAAGCUCGUAAGGUCACUUCCUAAUGAGUAUGUGCAAAGGUAUCUGGCUCUGAGAAACGCAGCAGUAGUUCUCAAGUAACUUGGACUAUUCAGUAGACAGUCAUGUUUUUCCAUUUUUUUUCUUUCCAUCCAAAAUUAAUAUUGUGGAAUAUAGAGGAUGUGUUCAGAAAUUAUAUUGUUGUAGGAUACCCCUGAUCUGCUUGCUGAAAUUUGUAUGGAAGGACAAAAGAAUGGAAUCUAUUAUUUGGUUAGAUUAUAAACUAUCUGGGUAAUUGAUUUUUGUUUUGAUA